AUGUUUUUGCAGAACAUCGACCUCACAACUGCGUUGAGGCCGGCUUACUUGCCAGAUGAAGUCCUGCUCUUCGUUCAAGACAAUGUGGGGUUGUAUGAGGGAAAAUUCAAGAUCCCGGAUCACCAGAACGGCCAUGUCUACUUGACGUCGCAUAGGAUUUGCUACGUCGACAAUGAGAAUCCAAGGAAGCAUUCGGUCGCCAUUGACCUGAAGGACGUCGAUCGUUAUGAGUUCUAUGCAGGCCUCUUCAAGUCUUCUGCUAAGAUCACUCUCUUCCCAAAGCCUUCGAAACGGUCCUCGUUGCAAAGUAGAGCGGUUUCCGAUUUGAAUACUCCUUCAAGAAGUGCGACGUCGACACCACUCUCCCGAGCCGAAAGUCCCUUCCACCUACCCACUCCCGAAUUACCUCCAACGAGUAGUGCGACUUGGAUAUGCACCAUAUGCAGUCACUCAAAUCCUGUUCCAUCAAACUUCGAUCCCAAAACAGCAAGCGAUCGUACGCCUAUACCACCGUGUUUGCUUUGUGGGAUUAAGCCUGCCCUGGCACACGUGCUCAAGGCUUCGAUUUUAAGUACAACAAACAGGCCCUCUUCACAUUCCCCAGCGGCCCUCAGAACCCCCGUCCCUAUUCGAGGCCGUCCCGAAAUACCGCGGCCACAGUCGGAAGCAUGGGGAGAACCACCAUCACAAAAUGCCAGUCAAGCAACGACAGGCGAAGCCACUUUCCCCUGUCCAAGGUGUACCUUCCUCAAUCACCCAUCAUUACCUUCUUGCGAGAUAUGUGGUGCUUCUCUUGUAUCCCAGGAUUUGCCGACAGGUUUAAACAGACCUUCGCUGCGUCCUGAAUCUCCUGGACCUACGCUGAACCAUCUUCCGCAUUUAGAAACACAAACGAAUGAGAGCAUCAAGCUGUCCUUCCGUGGCGGAGGGGAGAAGAUUAUGUAUGAACGUCUCAAAGGUUCUAUGACACAGCGCAAGUGGCUUCUACAAGGUGCGCCACCUGUUCCGAAACUCAGUAGGCCAAACAAUGAGUCCGGUUCCUCGAUGCCAACCAGCUCGAGCCCUUCUGGAGAAAGGGUCAAAGCGAUGGGGAUAGCAGGGCUUGAACAGAGGCGCCGGGACGUUCAGAAAAACAAUGAGCUAGUCAUCGGAGGUGCAUUUGAGGACCUUGAAGCUUUAAUGGCUUCUGCGAAAGAGAUAGUCGCCCUUGCUGAGUCUUUUUCGCAGAAUGGGGGGCCAGGCAGUAUUUCUGACUCAAACACUGUUGCUGAUGCACUCGGCUUGGUUACCACCAAAGACAUGCUGGGAGGGGGAAGUAACUCAGAAACACUUUAUAUAUCCGAGCUCUCGCGGAAUCUAGCGGAGUUUCUAACCGAUGAUGCUAGAGGAGUACUGCGAAAAGCAGGUGGGAUUGUUUCCCUUGUUGACCUGUGGGCUAUGUUCAACCGUGCUAGGGGGGGUGUUGAACUUGUCAGUCCUCUAGACUUCGAAAAGGCAGCAAGACUUUGGGGAAAGCUCAGACUACCAGUACGCCUGCGACAAUUCAAAAGCGGGGUACUGGUAGUGCAGGGAAGUGACCGUACCGAUGAGAAAACUAUUAAGACACUACUCGCCUGGCUUCAAGAUUUACAUUCGUUCCCGCCCGAUAAGGAAGUCGCCUGGGAUUGGCAAUUCUUUGGGCGAGGUGUUACCGCACAAGAUGCUGCGGAGCGCUUUGGUUGGAGUAUUGGUGUAGCUGAAGAGGAGCUAGAGAUGGCUGAAGAGAAGGGGGCUCUUUGCAGAGAAGAAAGCAUUGAGGGUCUCAAAUUCUGGGAGAAUUGGAUCAUAGAGGAUCGUUGGGCUCAAGCGAGCCUUACUGUAUAG